AGCCCCGCCCCGUGGUAGCGGCGGCCGUUGCCAGGGCACCUGUGGCCCAGGGCAAACGGCCCUCGGCUGGCCGAGGGCUCGGGAAGCUUCGCUCCUACCUCUCGGGUUCCUCGGGCAGGGCCAACUAUGGUUUCUGGAGGAGGGAGGGGCUAACCUGAGGAGGGAGGAAGGGAAGGCAGGCCUAGUUGCCCAAGGGAUGAAGGCUGUUCGGUCGGGGUCGGUGAGGGGCUCGUCCCCUCGCCUUAGGUCCCUAUACAAGCGCUCCUCCAAGGAGCGGUCGGAGGCCCAGUCCAGUCCCCGGGCCAAUGGGCGCCACAAAAGCAGAACUGACCAGCGCUCCACGCUACAGCGCUCCACGCUACUCUUCUACUGGAGGAAGCAGAAGAGUGAGACCAGCAGCAAGUGUUCGCUCGCAGAAGAUGGGAAGCCUGAGACUGACUUAGAGAAUACCGAGACGGGGGCGGGGCCUCGCCCCGAAGUUGGGGCGGUCUCAAAGGCGGGACUGGGGCUGAAGCUAGGGUUGGGGCUGGCCUGGAAGCUGAGAGAGGCCGCCUAUCCCAGCAUGCCCUGGGCAUCGAAGAUGGCGGCGCCCGGUGAAGGCCGGCGCUUUUCUCCGGCUAGCUUCUUUUCCUUCCUGCCGGGUGGCGCGCGGCCCCAAGAAACCAAAGAGCAGGUGGCGUCGGAGACAGCUGGGGCCGACGGGGAUGCCACCGUGCGAAAGCGGCCCUGCCGGGCCUGCGUCGACUUCAAGACGUGGAUGAAGACGCAGAAGGCGCUGAAGACCUCGGAAAGCGAUACCCAGUUGGAAAACAAGUUGCCAGCUGAUUGCCCCCUGGAUCGGGAGGAGCUGGGGCGAAACAGUUGGGCUUUCUUACAUACAAUGGCUGCAUAUUAUCCUGACUGCCCUACCUUAGACCAGCAGGAAGAAAUGGCCCAGUUUAUACAUCUGUUUUCCAAGUUUUUCCCAUGUGAUGAGUGUGCUGAAGAUAUAAGGAGAAGGUUGAUCAGAAACCAGCCAGACACCAGCAGUCGGAACAGGUUUACCCAGUGGCUCUGCCGCCUACACAACGAGGUGAACUUGAAGCUAGGGAAGCCUGCGUUUGACUGUGCUCGUGUGGAUGAGCGAUGGCGGGAUGGCUGGAAGGACGGCUCUUGUGAUUAGAGUGGCAGGCCCCCAGGGGGAGGAAAGCAUCCACCAGACUGUAUAACAUCCUCCCUCAGGGCGAGAUUAUUAAAGGGCAAUGCAGUGAGUGUUCUUGUCAGUGCCUUGGCUGACAAAGUCUGUGAGCUUCAUUGGCUGACAGAUUUCUGAAGAACCUCAUUUCCCAAAUUACUUCUUCCUUUUUGGUUCAGGAAUGAACCAAUCCUUUGUUUCCUCCUCUCCUGAGUCUAGUCUUUUGCCCAAGGGCCUAUUGGGGUUUGUGAUAAUUUCUAAUAGGCAAAACUUCUUCCCUCAAGGCCCAGCCUUCACCUGUUCCCAUCCCCUGACACCUCCAAUAGGGACCACCACAGGUAUCUGUGGCCUUUUUCUGCCCCUUCAUCUCCUAUCCAUGUCUACCACAGAGCCUGGGAAUCUCUGAGUUGGGGUGAGUAUGGCUGGCCAGGAACCUUGUCAAAGCCCUCUGCUGCCAGCCUCCGUAAGUGAACUCCCUGGUUGAAGUUACACAGCCUUCCUCGGUCUCCAGUGUACCCACAACACAAGAUGAUCUAUGGAGGAGCAUGGAGGCCAGCCUGAGAUACAGCCCUGUGGUGGUUUGCUUUUUUGGAGAGAAGCCUCAGGCAACAACAUCUCCAUUUUGUGGUGUUUUUUUUGGUUGUUUUUUUUUUUCUUAAACCAUUUCACUUUCAUGUCACAAUUGUCCUAUGUGGUUCUCAUUGCCUACGGAGAACCUGGCUGUCAUGAAACCAAACAUGAUUUAUUUUCUGUAAUGUGAUUACAGUCUUUGUGGUUUGUAUGGGGUGGUGGGUCCCAGGCUCACUCCAGAUGUGCCCUCAAGGGCUCUGUCCGUGUCCUGGAGUCAAGAAUAAAAUCAAAGGUUGCUCUGA